AUGCUUGCCACGGCGAUGUUACUGCUGGUCCUCAUUCUACUAUUGCUGUACCUAGGCUGCCACAAACCAAAAGGAUAUCCACCAGGUCCGAAAUGGUGGCCUAUUUUGGGCUGUGCGCUGGAAGUGGCGCGCAUUCGCCAGGAAACAGGAUAUCUCUUCAAAACCUGCUCGAUGCUCUGCAAGAAGUAUGGUCCAGUGGUGGGUCUAAAGAUCGGCAGAGACCGCAUCGUCGUUCUAAAUGAUCUGGAGAGCAUGCGAUCAAUGUUAACUAAUGAAGACUGUGAUGGCAGGCCGAUCGGGCCGAUAUACGAGGCCAGAACUUGGGGUGCCAGACGGGGUCUGAUCGUCGUGGACGAACAGCUGUGGGUGGAACAACGGCGAUUCGUCCUGCGGCAUCUGCGGGACUUUGGGUUUGGUCGCACCAGCAUGACCAAAAUCAUCGAGCACGAGGCGCUGAAGCUGGUGGAGCACUUCAAGAAGUUGUUACAAGACGGUUACAAUUACGAGAUUGCCGAUGCCCGGAGACCAGCAACGCUGAAUAACAACAUCGGCCAGAUAUACAAGCUGCAGAAGAAAUCGAAAGACGACUUGAAGAAGUCUGAUCUGUGCGACGAGUCAAAUGUAAUCGAGGAGAAGACUCCCAGUCGGAAAGCCUCGACGGUGGCGGAUCUGUACGUGAAGGCCGAAGAUUAUGCAGAGGUCAGGAAAGUCUCCCAAUCGGCGACAAUGAUCAUACCUAUGCACGACGCUUUCGGUGUGACUGUGCUCAACACUUUAUGGAAGAUGAUGGCUGGCAAAAGAUUUGACACCGGCGACAAGCAGCUCACGUAUCUGCAGCGUAUCCUCACGAAGCUUCUCAAGGAAAUCGAUAUGAUCGGUGCGCCUUUCAGUCACUUCCCGCCGUUACGCUUCAUUGCGCCUGAAAUGUCCGGCUACAAGUCGUUCCUACAAACGCAUCAGGAACUGUGGGCAUUUCUGAAAGAGGAGUUGUACAAUCAUAAGAACACAUUUGUACCAGAUGCGCCGCGCGACUUGAUGGACGUUUACCUGACUGUGCUAAAUUCAAAAGAUUGCACUGAUACAUUUUCAGAAUCGCAACUAUUAGCCAUCUGCGUAGAUCUUUUCAUGGCGGGCUCCGAGACAACUUCGAAAGCACUUGGAUUUGGAUUUCUGUAUCUGAUACUAUUUCCACAAGUUCAGAGGAAGGCGCAUGAAGAAAUAGACAGAGUACUCGGUCGUGACAGAUUUCCCACAUUAGCCGACAGACCGAAAAUGCCAUACAUCCAAGCCAUUGUCCUGGAGUCCCUAAGGAUGUUCAUGGGACGCACUUUGAACGUCCCGCACAGGGCAUUGAGAGAUACUUCUAUCGUGGGCCAUAAAAUUCCAAAGGACACGAUGCUCAUCGUGAAUUUCAAUAGAGUGCUCAUGGACGAGUCUUGGGGUGACCCGGAGGAUUUCCGGCCAGAGAGAUUUCUCGAUAGCGACGGCAACGUCGUUACGCCAGAAAAAUACUUUCCAUUCAGCAUCGGUAGACAUCGUUGCAUGGGGGAAAUAUUAGCUAGAAGCAACAUCUUUAUCAUAACGGCUGCUCUGCUGCAGGCGUUCAGCUUCUCCGUAGUGCCCGGUGAGCCGCGACCCUCCACACAAGACUUCGUAGACGGCGUCACAGCUGGUCCCAAACCGUACAGGGCAUUAGUCUCCCUGAGAAUGUGAUUCGGACGCACAGUUUCCAUCUGGCGUCUGUCACAACUUCAGCACUAUUCCAAUCAAAAAAUCGUAACGAUAAUACUCUUUGUUUGUACUGCAAUAGCUGUUACAAAUCUCAUUUUAUAUAUUUUAUUUUAUAUGCAAAAUAGGAGAUAACGGAACAGGUAACAUGACGUUAAUUUUGAUAAACAGUUAUCAGAAAAAUAUACUUUUAUUGUUAUUAUGUAUAAGCAAUGGAUAGAUAUGUGUGCAUAUACGUGUAAACGUAUAUAUCAAUACAUAUAUAUGCACGCAUACGUAUAUAUAUACAUACGUACAUACAUACACGCAUCAUACGUACUUACAUACAUGCAUACAUACCUACAUACAUACGUACAAAGAAAGCUACGUGAAAUAAAUAAUUGUACAUAUAUUAGAAGAAUAUAAUUCUCAUAUCACCGUUUAUCGAGCGUCAACAGACAUUCGAACCCGUGUCUUGUGUGUUGCACGCUGGACAAAAAUAAGUUACAGACUAUAUACAUAUUGCACAUAGUCGCAUGUGUGUAGAUUAUAUAUAUAUAUAUAUAAGUAUAUCUCGUUUCGCAAAAUCAUUUCUCUUCCCUUAUGCAAGAAAUUUCGACAUGUAUUAUAUACGUUUAGCUCUAUCGCAUCUGCGCUUUCUGUCAAAUUUGCAUUUCCAGAUGCAAAUCGCUUGCCAACAAGUUUAAUAUAAUCAUCAUCGACGAUGCCAAGAUGAACAAUCAUGUUUACGCUUAUAUGUAAAUGCGAGAGCCACGCAUUAUGCAACGGCUUUGAACGCGAGAAAUCAGUGAGGGAACAAACGCGCGAACAAUUACAAUUAAACAAAUGCCCCAAAUUGAAAUCCUACACAAAGCAGACAACAUUUAUACUAAACAAUUCAAUAUUCAGCAAUGUGCCAUUAUUCAAGUCGCAAGAUGUUUAUUAAAAUACAAAGGGGCAUCUCGCACUUUAUCUGACCCUUACAUUUCAGCAGGCAUGAUAUAUCAUUAAAAAAGACAUCAUAUAAAAUGCUUUUUCGAUAACGAAAGCCCGAUUCGUUUUAACAGUUUAAAAUAUCUCUUGUAGUGGACGGUAUUGAACUAAUAAUUGUUACGUUACCGAUUCAAAUCCAUAAUGUAUAAUAGCAUGAUGGCGAAAUAAAA